UGUCAGCCUCGUUGUAAAAAUCUCAUGCAACACUUUCAUCACGGUGAAACUGGCCUGUUAUAAAAGUACUUAAACUUCGGAUCGGUUUGAGUGAAAGUCAACGACGUUGCGACGAUGUCGACUGAGGACACGGCAGCCCAAACGAAAACGGAUAAUGGAGCUGGAGGUGAAGGUGCUCCAAGGCAAAAGAGUGAGAAGGAAUUGUUGAAAGAAGCAAAAAAGCAGGAGAAAUUAGCCAAACUAAAGGCUAAACAGGAAAAGCAAGCGGCUUUGGAUGCAAAGAAGCAAGAUGGAGAAGGGAAGAAAGAUAAGAAAAAGAAGGAGAGAUCAGUCAUCACUUAUGAUAUCAAAACAGAAAAAGGAAGCAAGAAAGACACGAAAUGUCCCAUGCCAGAUUCCUACAGCCCGGAGUAUGUAGAAGCAGCUUGGUAUGACUGGUGGCAACAGAGCGGGUUCUUCAAACCAGAGUAUGGGGGUCGAGACAUCAGUACAACUCCAUAUGAAGACAAGUUUAUCAUUGUCAUCCCGCCUCCCAAUGUAACAGGGAAACUCCAUCUUGGACAUGCUCUCACGAAUGCCGUGGAGGACUGCCUCACAAGAUGGCAUCGGAUGAAUGGUAAGAUGUGUCUGUGGAACCCUGGGUGCGACCAUGCUGGUAUUGCCACACAGGUGGUUGUUGAGAAGAAGCUGAUGAGAGAGAGACAACUGACACGGCACGAUCUGGGCAGGGAAAACUUUGUUGAUGAAGUAUGGAAGUGGAAAAAUGAGAAAGGGGACCAGAUCUACAACCAGUUGAGGAGACUGGGCGGAUCCUACGACUGGGACCGAGCUCGUUUCACCAUGGAACCAAGACUGUACAGAGCUGUUCAAGAGGCCUUCGUUCGUCUACAUGACAAGAAACUCAUCUACCGCAGUGUUCGACUUGUCAACUGGUCUUGUACACUCAACUCGGCCAUCUCAGAUAUUGAAGUAGACAAGAAGGAGAUCCCGGGACGCACCAUGCUGGCUGUACCAGGCUACAAGGAUAAAGUAGAGUUUGGUGUCCUCGUCUCUUUUGCUUACAAGGUCGAGGGAUCAGAUGAGGAGAUUGUGGUUGCGACCACCCGUAUUGAGACGAUGCUGGGCGACACCGCUGUCGCCGUUCACCCUGAUGAUCCCCGCUACAAACAUCUACAUGGGAAGAGUGUCAUUCACCCAUUCUCAGACCGGCGCCUACCCAUCGUAUGUGACGACUUUGUAGACCGAGAGUUCGGAACAGGUGCUGUGAAGAUCACACCUGCCCAUGAUCACAAUGACUACGAAGUUGGAGUGCGUCACAAACUGGAGCAGCUGAACAUCAUCGAUGAGAAGGGCAAUAUAACUGGUGACUGUGGACAGUUCACUGGUAUGAAAAGGUUUGACGCAAGGAAAGCUGUUCUCCAGGCCCUCAAAGACAAGGGCUGGUACAGGGACACCAAGGACAACCCAAUGGUGGUCCCCACAUGCAGUCGAUCCAAGGAUGUGAUUGAGCCCCUACUGAAGCCACAGUGGUACAUUGACGUGAAGGACAUGAAUGCCGCGGCAGUCAAGGCUGUGAGGGAUGGAGAGUUGAAAAUUAUUCCAGAAAUGCAUAUCAAGACGUGGAAUUCCUGGCUGGAGAAUGUCAAGGACUGGUGUAUAUCACGGCAGCUGUGGUGGGGUCAUCGGAUCCCCGCCUACUUCGUCACUGUUGAUGACCCCAGUGUCAAGCCAGGACAGGACAGUGAUGGGGACUACUGGAUCCCACAGCUCACAAGUUUCUCCUUGAAACAAGAUGAGGAUGUGCUGGACACUUGGUUCUCAUCAGCCCUCUUCCCAUUCUCCAUAUUUGGCUGGCCUGACCAGACUGUUGACCUUGAUGCUCUCUAUCCUGGCACGCUCCUGGAGACUGGACACGACAUUUUGUUCUUCUGGGUGGCGAGGAUGGUGAUGUUUGGCCAGACCCUCAUGGGGAAACUGCCUUUUAAGGAGGUUUACCUGCAUGCAAUGGUGAGGGAUGCCCACGGCAGGAAGAUGAGCAAAUCUCUGGGCAAUGUUGUUGACCCCAUCGAUGUGAUCCGAGGAAUCAGCCUGGAGGGUCUUAAUGAGCGUCUUCAGGAUGGAAAUUUGGAUGAAAAAGAGAUCAAGAAGGCCAUAGUAGGACAGAAAGCUGACUACCCAGAUGGUAUCCCUGAGUGUGGCACAGACGCUUUACGGUUUGCCCUCAUUGCCUACACAUCUCAAGGUCGUGACAUUAAUCUGGACGUGCUCCGUGUCCAGGGCUACAGGUUCUUUUGCAACAAGCUCUGGAACGCCACCAAGUUUGCCCUGAAUGGGUUGGGAGUCGACUUUAAGCCCACACCACAGCAUCAGCUGUGUGGCAAGGAGAGGGAGAUGGACAAGUGGAUCCUGAGUCGACUGUGCCUGGCUGUGGAGUCCUGUACCAGUGGCUUCCAGGCUUACGACUUCCCUGCAGCCACCACAGCCUGCUACAACUUCUGGUUGCGAGUUGUGUGUGACUGGUAUCUGGAGUACAUGAAGCCUAUCCUGUACGGUUCUGAUGAGGAUGCCAAGGCUGUGUGCCGCAAUGUUCUGUACACGUGUCUGGACGUUGGACUGCGACUUCUUCAUCCUUUCAUGCCUUUCUUGACAGAAGAAUUGUUCCAGCGGUUACCGAGGCGACAAGAGAACUCCCCGCCAAGUAUAUGUGUCACUGCCUACCCAUUACCAGCAGAUAUGCAGCAUCGAGACACUGACUUGGAAUCCAGUGUUGAGUUCGCACAGAGUAUCGUGAAGAACAUCCGAUCAAUGCGGGCUGACUACAACCUCACCCCCAAGACAACAGCUGAUGUGUACGUGAAGUGUACUGAUGAGGACACGUCCAGCAAGGUGAAGCUGUUCACUGACGUCAUCCAGACCCUGACCAACUCAAGUGCCGUCCACGUCCUAGUGUCCGACUCUGUUCCUGAUGGAUGUGCCAUGCUCACUGUGUCAUCCAAGUGUGAAGCGCAUCUCAUGCUCAAGGGCUUGAUUGAUGUGGAGAAGGAGACAAAGAAGCUGGAAGGGAAGAAGGAGACACUGGGCAAGUCUCUGAAGAAGCUGGAGGAUGCUGCAGCCAAACCCGACUACAGCGACAAGGUGCCCCUGGACGUCAGGAACCAGAAUACAGAUAAGAUGUCACAAUUGACAGAAGAAAUAGACAAAUUAUCUAAAGCCUUAUCCACAUUACUAACAUUCCAGUGAUUCUUGCUGAUUCUGUAAUUUAUCCAACUCUGUCAGGAUAUGGUUUGGAGGACAUGUUUUCUUGAGAAGAUUCAUGUGAUAAAAGACAUGCUGCAAUACUCUCACACACGAUAGAUUCAUCUGGCAACAGCUGAAAGUGAAACAGUCCGAUCUGGAUGAUCUGCAAACUGAAAAGAUGUGUUCUCGACAUGCUGAAUUCUCCUGCUUUAAGACAGGUUUCUGAGUUCAGCUUUAAGAUGCUCAACAAUUCCAUGGGAACAACAGUCCUGUAGCACAAGGGUCUUUUUAAUCCAAGCAUUCUUCAAGCAUUUCCCAGUAUGUUUGAAAAGUCAGUUGCAGCUGAACCAUUGUAUUUUCUGAGCUAACAAUUUGUUCAUGCUAGUUUCUCAAAACACAAACAUUUGUUUUUGAAAUUUCAAGUCUAUAUUGAAAAUCUUAAAGGAAUUGUACAUUAUAAUUGUACAUAGAAAUGUAGUUAUUUCAGAUUUGCAAAAUUAUGUUAAUUAUAUAUGUUAGUGAAUAUUAGAACUACACAAAUAGAUAGAAUGAUAAAAUUGUAAUUAAUUACAAUUACAAUGACUUGGAAGCUCACAAGGCCGUGGAUAAUUUUGAUAGACAUAUGUGAUGUCAACCAUAAGUGAAUCUUGUUUAAUUGGUUCACAAAACUUGAGAUGAAUAAAUUUGCAUAAAUCAUUUGUCAACAGUGCUAACCAGUGAGUGUUCAUAAAUACUUGUAGCAAUGUUCUCUUGUUAAAGGAGUCCUUCCAGACAAUUGUACAGCCUCUUGUCACACUUAGCUGUUCAGCCAACAGCUGAUAGAUGGUCUGUGUCAGAUAACAGGGAGAGAGUGAGAGCCUAAUAACCAACACUUUAGAUCUUGUUAUCUAGGUUUCAUUUCUCAACACCAAGAGCACCUUAUUUUACCAGUUUCUUCUGUUUUCGUUUUAUCCGCAAGAAACUUAUUUGUAGUUUUCAGAAACCACCUACGGGUACAUUCCUGAAUAUAUUUGGAUUGGUUUACAGUAUGGUGAUGAGUGCAGUGUAUGAUCUCUGUCUGUGUCUGUUUACACUGUAAGGAAAGGCUGCUAAACAGUAAAGCUUCCAAGAAGAAACAUCACUUAACCAUGAACAUCCCUCAACUGUGGGCUUGUCCAUGACAAGUGAAAAGGAAAAGUUUAUCAUAAAUGUAGCAGUUUUAUAAAAGUGGUCCAACGUGAAUCAGGACAUGUUGACAAUUAAAUAUUUUCAAAAUUUUAGACUCAGAUUUCAACAAAAUCUUCUUUGUUUAAAAUAAUCUGAACACUUCAGAAGCAUGAACUAAUGGUUGUCUUCAUGACUCACUGGAGGUACUGCAGGGAUCUCAACACCAACUAGUCACUAACACUGUCACAUUUACUAUUCAGGUGCUGGAAUUUGUUGCUAUUUUAUUUCCUUUUCAACUUAGUAAUUGAUGUGAGAUAAUCACUCAAAUAUAAAUGGAUGUUAAUUGUUUUGUAUUUUUAACAUCUUUGGAAUAGUAGUAUGAUCAUACAGGUGUUGUUCUUUGGAGCAAGCCAUUAUCUGAAAUCCAUUUCUGGUGAUCCAGCUGGAAUGUUUCAAAACACAGCACCAAAACUACACUAAUGUGUACCUGCCUCACUCCACGAUGUCCAAGCUAUGACAGCUGCGUGUGAUUAAGUCCGGACCAGACAAACUGGUAAUUAAUAUCAAGAGCAAUGUCGCAAGCCAAUCAGGACAUGCAUUCAGGUAAAUCAGAGAGUCGGAGCACCCAGUCUUGUCACUUUCACAACACAUGUAUGUUUUUCUUUCCUAAAAUGCCCACGGACUUGUUACAAACGUGUCAGAUUUAAACUAGGUAUGCUGCACUGCAGUAUCAGACUCUUGGCAUCCUUUGUGCUCAGUCCUAAGAUUCUGCUCUAUUUUGCUGAUCAACUGAAGGUCCAAACAUUAAAGAAUCAUGUUUUUGAUUAUUAAUAAUGUUUCAGCUUCAUUUAGGUAAAUGAACUAAAUAAAUAAGUAAAUCUGUCUGUGUUUUUGAUCAGGUCAUGAUUUCAACAUGAGUUUGCUUGAAUAAGUAAUAAAUGAACAGAUAAAUACA